AGGACGCGUAUUAUCGAUAACUUUUAAUAGAAAAAUAUAAUAAAUUGUAACUAUAAUUCGAUUUUAUUUUGUUACAAUCAUGUGUGUAUAGAUAGAACCAUGGUUAAAAGUUUAUUUGGUGUUUGUCUUAGUAUAAUUCAGAUAAUAUCAGCUCAAAUCUUGAAACAAGAUGUAGCCAGUCUAGAUGUUCUGAAUAAUCUGCAGUAUAUCCCAUUGGCAGACCUAAUCAGGUCAAAAAGGCAAUUCAACAACCCAGCUGUAAAUUUGAGUAAAAAUGGCAACUUGCCAAAUGGUCUCGGAAUUGGCAUGCCAAACGGCAAUCUUCCCGGAAACGGAUUGCCAAAGAAUAUCAACAACAAUGGAUUUCCUAACAACUAUGCUGUAAAUGGCAGAGUAUUGCCAAUUAAUUUACCAUUUUCAAAUAUAAAUAUUGGCCCUCAAAAUAGACUACUACCGAAUGUUAACGGCAUAAACAAUAACGGAAUAACUAUUAAUAACUUGCCAGUUUCUAAUAAUGUUAUUGAAAAUCUAAGUAAUUUACCAAAUCCUGGAAAUGAUUUACCAAAUACUAAUCCAAUACCUAAUAUCUUGCCUAGUAAUAAUCUAGUUCCAAUGCCGCAAUAA